CUAAGUAGACCACACUGCAAAUGCAAACACAUUCACACACACACUCUCACUCCAACUCACACCAUACAUCCAUCUCUAUCACCGACUCCCAACUCCUUUUUUGUAAUUUUACUUCUAUCUCCCACCCUCAGCCCUCAACAACAUCAACAACAAAAAAAAAAGCACUCUUCUUUCUUCUCCUUUCCUCACCUCACCCACCCUCAUCACUCUCACUUCUUUCCACUUCCCACCAUUUUCAUUCACCUCUCAUUUUCUCUCUCCUAGUCUCCUCUUUCUUUCUAAUUCAUGGGAAGUCGUACCCAAUCUCACAAGCUCAGCAAUGGGCUCUACGUUUCGGGCCGGCCCGAUUCCCAACCCAAAGAACGCCCACCAACAAUGGCUGCUCGUGCCGUACCCUACACUGGUGGCGACAUCAAGAAAUCCGGCGAACUCGGCAAGAUGUUCGACCUCACCACCACCACUACAAACACCACCGCUACUUCCUCCUCUUCACUUUCUCUCUCCUCUCCUAGACCCCCACCUUCUCGGGCCUCCUCACAGCCCAACUCCGGAUCGGCCCGAUCCGGGCCCAACUCGGGCCAGCUCCCACCCCGCCUCAGCAACUCCGGCUCCUUCACCAAGAAAUCAUCCGGCCCACUCUCACUCCCUCCCACCGGGCUCAUCACUUCGGGCCCAAUCCGAAAGUCGGGCCAGCUGGACGGGGUGGGCCAAAUGGGUGGGCUGGCCCAGACGGGUGGUGGUGGGUCGGGGAAGAUGGUUUAUGGGUCGGCUGUUACGAACUUGGGGAGUGAAGGGGUGAAGUAUGGGUUGAGGGUUUCAAGGGCGGCAAUGUGGGUGUUUGGGAUUGUUGUGUUGAUGGCUUUGCUUGUUGGGGUUUUUCUAAUGGUUGCCGUGAAGAAACCAUUGAUAUUAGUCGUUGUCGUGGCGGUUUUGGUGCCGGCUUUCGUGGGAUUAGGGUGGAAUUAUGCUUGGGGGAGGAGGGCAAUUCUUGGGUUUGUUAAAAGCUUUCCUGAUGCUGAGCUUAGAGGUGCUGUGGAUGGACAGUUUGUCAAGGUUACUGGGGUUGUUACUUGUGGCAGUAUACCUCUUGAAUCGUCAUUUCAGAGGGUACCAAGGUGUGUGUAUGUCUCAACAGAGUUGUACGAAUACAAAGGAUGGGGCGGCAAAUCUGCUAAUACCAAACAUCGUUGCUUAUCAUGGGGAUGCAGGCAUGCAGAGAAACAUGUAGCUGAUUUUUACGUAUCAGAUUUCCAUUCUGGAUUAAGAGCCCUGGUUAAAACUGGCUAUGGAGCAAAGGCGGCACCUUUAGUGGAACCUGUAACUGUUGUUGACAUAACUAAAGAAAAACGAGACUUGUCCCCAAACUUCUUGCAGUGGCUAGCUGACCGAAGCCUUUCCAGUGAUGAACGCGUAAUGCGCCUAAAAGAAGGGUAUAUUAAAGAAGGUAGCACUGUCAGUGUAAUGGGCAUUGUUCGACGCCAUGAAAACAUCCUCAUGAUUGUACCACCUACGGAUCCCAUCUCUACAAGCUGUCAAUGGUUACGGUGUCUCCUCCCAAUGUAUGUCGAAGGCUUGAUAUUGCAUUGUGAGGAUAAUCAAAAUUCUGAAGUGAUUCCGGUCUAAUUUUUGUUUAAGUUUUUUUCUUCUUCGAGUGGAUUCCACGCGUACAUAUCUGGCAUGCAAAACUACCAAAAAAAAGGCACGGUACGCUGCCUGCUCAUCCCUCUUUGUCCAUAUCUUUUCUGCUCUCAAGUGUAUGUAAAUCGGCGUGAAGGAGACACAUAACGGGAUCAAGAGAGGAUGCAGGUGUGUGUAAUAAGUAAGGAUUUACUUUAUCGUGUUCUUGUAAACAUUCCGUGUUUAAUCGGGUCAAGCAAAUAGAGGGAAUGGAAGUUUCCCCAUCAAUACUAUGAGAAAAGGAAGCUCAGGAUUUUCCUGGUGAGCCACAGUAUAUUCUAAAUCUUUAGCUUUGUUUGGUGUACAUAAGCUACAACGAUCUGAAGAGCCCCAUUUUCUUCUUUUUCUCUUUUUGCAUUUUUGUUUGGUAAGCAAUUUGUUUCAAGGAAAUUAGAGCACUUCAACACUAGUGUUUUAUGUAUUGAUUAUAUAUAAUAAUUAAAGAUUAAUCAUGUAA